UUUUGCAAGGGGAAUACUCGCAACCAUAUUUAAAACCACCGCAUUUGGAUCACCCUAUUUCUACACUUCUUUCAGAAUUUACAAUGGCUUUCAAUCGCAUUCUUUCCGGUGAUCAUAAUGGAAAUUACAAAGGCCCGCUCAUGCUUACUCUGAAGGCAGGGUACGUAUACCAUCGGAGCCUUUUAUCAUAUCACUUUCCUUUUGCCCUCCUUUGUUGUUUGAAAUUUGUGAAGGUUCUAUUAGGUAGACUAUUGCAAAAGCACGUCAUAAAGGAAAGUUUCGACCAAAUAUAUUGAGUUUAAGAGAACCAUUGAGAAAAUUAACAUCUUCCCUUGAUGCUAGUGGAUAUUAACAACAGUAAAAUGCCACUUUCAACUACCCAUGUGACAUUACUGUUCAAAUUCGGCCUCAUUCACAUUUAAAAAGGAAGUAGGAUUAGACAUACCCAUCUUCUAAACUAGAAAAUUUUCCUCAGUUCCUGAGAUUUAAGGCUCUCUUGAAUAUAAAUUGUUGUUGAUGGGUUCUUUCUUGCUAUCAGUUUUGUUGGUCUGUAAGGAAAACCUUGGAAGCAUACAAUGGAAGGUGGAUGUUGCAUGUGGGAGGAUUGGAGCUGCAUAUUUCAGAUUCAAGCAUCUGAUACGCCUCUUGUCAAGAAUGCACAUGAUUGGAUUGGCCUGGCCAUUUGGACAUGCCGUAUUUAUGUAUUUGCUCGAAAUUGAUGAAGCAGACCCGGAUGUGCGUCAGAGCUAUCCGGAUGAGCGGGGGUCCCUAGAAGGUGGGAACCGCUGUUAUGACUAUGAUGAAGCUGUCCAUUUUCUAUGGACGACAUUGGAAGGGCCUGACCAUUUGGACACGCCGUGUUUAUGUAUUUGCUCAAAAUUAAUAGAGCAGACCCGGAUGUGCGUCGGAGCUAUCCGGAUGAGCGGGGGUCUCUGGAAGGUGGGAACCGCUGUUAUGACCAUGAUGAAGCUGUCCAUUUCCUAUGGACGGCAUUGGACGGGCCUGGCCAUUUGGACAGGCCGUGUUUAUAUCUGUAUUUGUAGGGACCACACCCUUAACCUAAACCCGAACCCAUUCUCAAAUCCCAAAACCUAUAACUUAAACCUAAACCUAUAACCUAAACUCGAACUCAUUCUCAAAUCCCAAAACCUAUAACCUAAAUCUAAACCUUAACCUAAACUUAUAAC